CUCUCCCUUGCCCCGCUGCUCUCUUUUCUCCUCCUCUUCCUCCACCGUUUCUUAACUAAAACUAGCACCGUCGGUUUUGUUGAACCGGUUCUCCACCCUUCAUGGCGGUCCAACAUCAGUCCAAGUUGAUGAUUAGUAACUAUACUGUGUCGUGGAUAUCGUUGUUUUUGUUUGUACUGCUCAUCCAAGCUAUAGGUGGAGGCCGAGCCGCCCGGUUGGAGCGGUGGGACUCUGGAAUCCGGUUGCCAUCCGAGAAAGAUAAACCGGAAGAUGUUCAUCACAAAGAACCGGGUACAAGAUGGGCGGUUCUUGUAGCCGGUUCAAACGGGUAUGGAAACUACAGGCAUCAGGCGGAUAUUUGCCACGCAUAUCAGUUACUGAAAAAAGGUGGGCUUAAGGAGGAGAACAUAGUGGUAUUUAUGUACGACGACAUAGCCAAGCACUUAAUGAAUCCGAGGCCGGGAGUUAUCAUCAACCAUCCUCAGGGUGGUGAUGUUUAUGCCGGCGUGCCUAAGGAUUACACUGGUGAGCAAGUAACCGCAGCGAAUCUGUAUGCAGUCCUCCUUGGGGACAAAAAGGCCGUGAAGGGCGGAAGUGGGAAGGUUGUGGACAGCAAACCUAAUGAUAGGAUCUUUUUAUACUACUCAGAUCAUGGGGGUCCUGGUGUCCUUGGGAUGCCAAACAUGCCCUUCCUUUAUGCCAUGGAUUUUAUUGAGGUUUUGAAGAAGAAACAUGCAUCGGGGAGCUAUAAAGAGAUGGUUAUAUAUAUAGAAGCUUGUGAGAGUGGGAGCAUAUUCGAAGGCAUUAUGCCGAAAGACCUUAACAUUUAUGUGACUACAGCAUCAAAUGCACAAGAGAACAGCUUUGGAACUUACUGUCCUGGGAUGGACCCCCCACCACCACCUGAAUAUAUCACUUGCUUGGGGGACUUGUACAGUGUUUCUUGGAUGGAAGAUAGCGAGAGGCACAAUCUGAAGAAAGAAACAAUUGAACAACAGUAUCUGGUGGUAAAGCAACGGACCUCCAAUUCAAACAAUUACGAUGUGGGAUCGCAUGUGAUGGAAUACGGGAGCAAAAACAUUACACAAGAAAAGCUGUAUUUGUACCUAGGUUUUGAUCCUGCCUCUGUGAACUUGCCUCCUAACAACGGCCAAUUAGAAAAGCCUAUGGAAGUUGUCAACCAGAGAGAUGCAGAGAUUUUCUACAUGUGGCAAAUGUACAAAAGAUCAGAACAUGGAUCUGGAAAAAGUAGAGAAAUCCUCAAUGAGAUCAAAGAAACAAUGAGGCAUAGGACUCACUUGGAUGCAAGCAUUCAGUUCAUUGGAACAUUUCUCUAUGGACCCGGAAAAGGUCCCUCUAAACUCAAUUCUGUGAGAGCUGUUGGUCAACCCCUUGUGGACGAUUGGGGAUGCUUAAAAUCUAUGGUUCGUGUGUUCGAAACACACUGCGGGUCAUUGACUCAGUAUGGCAUGAAACAUAUGCGCGCAUUUGCCAACAUCUGCAACAGCGGAGUAUCUGAAGCCAAAAUGGCGGAAGCUUGUUCUGCCGCCUGCAACGGGCAUGAAGUUGGCCAGUUGCAUCCUUCCAACAAAGGCUAUAGUGCCUGAAGGUUGAAAAUAUGCAAAUCAUAAAGAUGUCACACUCAUGCUAUCAUAAUAGUGUCAAUAUGCUUGUUGCUAAAUGUAGAAUCUAAGUCUAGAACUGUAAGGAUAUUAUGUAUUGCAAGAAUAUUAUGUUUUAAUUUUGUGUGUAGUGGGUACAAGAAGAGAUGUGGAUCAAAUAGUAAUGAUAUGGUGGCUAAGUUGAGAUUCUAAUUUUCUCAGAACGCACGAAUGUAGCGAUGCCGGAUCCGCAUCUGAGAACAAUUCUAUAGGUUUAUUUCCAUUUGGUGAAGGAAUCGAAACAACUAGAAUCGUAUCA